AUGUAUCCAUCCCGUUCUGUUGAUUCUUCAGGACAUGACGCAGAUAGCGAAGUUGUCAAUUGUGUCAUUGAUCAUCCCAAGGAUUUGAUGAUAGCGACAAGCGGAAUAGAUUCUGACGUAAAGUCACAAAAAACUAAUGAGCCACCUGUUGUAACAGCAAGAUUGAUGGAUGGUCUGCAAGAAGACGACUUAAUCCGUCUCAACGUGGGCGGAACUGUCUUUACGACAACGAGAACAACAAUCACCAAAUUUGGGAAUCAUUAUUUUACUUAUCUAUUGGAUUCAAGAUGGCGUCAAACAACUCCCAUAUUUAUUGACCGCAAUCCCAAAGUAUUUGAAUAUAUUUUGGAUUUUCUGAGAAAAGGGAAACUCAACUUUCCCAUCAAUCUCAAUAAAUUACAAGAUAUUUUAGAUGAAGCCAAGUAUUUUAAUUUGGAUCCUCUUAUCAAAAUUGUCAGCGACGAAAUCGAUCGUUGUAGGGAGAGAAAAUUAGGCAAAGAACUUUUGCUUCUCCAUUCUGCAAGCUCUCCGAGUCCCAAACACAACUCUAUAUUGCAACAUUCACAGAGCCGCAGCGUGUUAAAGUCGUUUCCCCUUCCAACUGACUCUCCAAUGACAUCCCGCAGUCAACCCCCAAUGACAGCACGCAGUCAACCCCCCCUUCCCACUCCUCCAGAUUCUGAUGAGCUCGAUCGCUCACUAAGUCGUAGAUCUCUUUUAAAUGAUAAUCCUACUCCACCAGGCACGCCGCGCGAACAUUUCGACCUUGGUGCUCCAGAAUUCGUCCUGGAUGCUGAAUUCUAG